AUGGCAGCAGGGAAUAAUAAAACUCGAUGUAUUACAUGCGAUAAGGAAAAACGCACAGUCAGAUGUGAGGGUUGUCUGCAAUUGUUCUGCUACGAUCACCUGACAGAUCACCGACAAGAAUUGAAUAAACAACUAGAUCAUAUUCAAUUGAACCGCGAUGUCUUUCGACAAACGCUUAACGAACAAAUGAACCAUCCGCAAGUUCACUUGUUGGUGAAGCAAAUCAAUACGUGGGAAUUGGACUCGAUUAAAAUUAUUCAACAGACGGCCAAUGAAUGUCGACAAUUAUUGAUUGAACAUAGAAAUGAACAUUUUAAUCAAAUUGAAGCUAGUUUAAACAAAUUAACGGACGAACUUCGAGAUAUCCGGCAGGAAAAUGACUUCAACGAGAUCGAUUUACAUCAAUUCAAUGAGAAGUUGAAGAAACUGGCUGAAGAACUGGACAAACUAUCGAAUUUUUCAUUUCAACAAGAUCCAGCACCACUGAUUUACAAAGUUUCAGUUGCUCUAGCAUCUGAUUGUGUCAUAUCUCCAAAGACGAUUAACAACAAUACGAAGUGGAAACACAACGGAUCGACCAUCGCUGGCGGCUAUGGGGAAGGCAGUCAAUCGAAUCAACUCUAUUGGCCUUAUGGAAUUUACGUCGACGAAGAAGAUCAAAUGAUUUAUGUCGCUGACUAUGGGAAUGAUCGAAUCGUUAAGUGGAAACAUGGUGCUUACUAUGGUCAAGUUGUGGCUGGUGGCAAUGGAAGAGGUACGCGAAAAGAUCAACUGAACCUUCCGACUGAUGUAAUUCUCGACAGGAAGAAUGAUUCAUUUAUAAUUUGUGAUUAUGGAAAUCGUCGGGUCGUCCGUUGGCCGCGUCGUCAAGGUAAAAGUCAACAGACAAUUAUUUCUCAUGUGGCUUGCUCUCGUUUGACAAUGGAUAAUAAUGGUGAUCUCUAUGUUUCUGAUUGGGAGAAGAAUGAAGUGAGACGAUGGUCGAAAGGUGAUACCAAUGGAACGGUCGUCGCAGGUGGCAAUGGUAAAGGAGAAGAGCUCAAUCAAUUAAAUUCACCUGGUUACAUUUUUGUCGACGACGAAUAUUCGGUUUAUGUCUCCGAUGCCAAUAACAAUCGAGUGAUGAAGUGGGCAAAAGGUGCAAAGGAAGGUGUGGUAGUUGCUGGAGGACAAGGCGAAGGAAAUGCUUUGACACAAUUAUCUCACCCACAGGGACUUCUUGUCGAUAAUUCGGGUAAUAUCUAUGUAGCAGAUUCCGGCAACGAUCGUAUCAUGCGCUGGACGCAGUCGUCUCGGGAAGGCACCAUUGUAAUCGGUGGCAAUGGGCAAGGCAAGCAGCCAGAUCAAUUUAACUAUCCCGACGGUUUAUCUCUAGAUCAACAAGGCAACCUCUACGUAGUCGAUUGGGGCAAUAAUCGAGUGCAAAGAUUUGUUCUUGAUGUUGAUUAA